AUGAGCAGCUGUCCCUCUCGGGAUCCUGACAGCUCUGAUCCAAGGCCACAGGCCAGGCUGGUUGGGAAGGGGGAGCAGGAAGGACCACCCUCACAGCUGAUUCCUCCUCUACCUCAGGUGUCCCGAUUCCAGGCUGGAAUCCUGUCACUGCUGCUUGUUCUGCACUGGGAACUUGGGGCAGGGAGCCCCACUCCUGACAAGGUCUCCUGUGUCAUGGACCACCCAUGUUCCAGCAACCUUAUGACCCAGGUCAAGAACCAACUGGAACAGCUCAACAGUAGUGCCAACCCCCUCUUUGUUGCCUACUACAUGGCCCAGGGCGAGCCCCUCCCCAAGUAUGUGGACAGGCUGUGCGGCGAAGACUUUAUGAGCUUCCCACCCUUCCAUGCCAAUGGCGCUGAGAAAGACAAGCUGAUGGAGCUGUACCGCGUCAUGGCCUACUUUUACCUCUUCCUGGAUGACGUCAUGCAGUGCCAGAAGACCCUCAACCCCAACGAUCAGAAACUCCACAGCAAGCUAGACUCCACGGCGGACACCGUUUGGGGGCUUCUCAGCAAUGUGCUCUGCCGCCUGUGCGACAACUACAACGUGAGACUGACCGACAUGAUCAACGGCCUCAACACCUCGGAGGAGGACGUCUUCCAGAAGAAGAGGCUGGGCUGUCAGCUCCUGUUUAAAUACAAGCAGGUCAUCGCCGAGCUGGCCCAGGCCUUCUAG